AUGCAAUCUGGCCACCACAAACUCCAAAUCCAACGCCCGAACGAACACUUGCAAUUACCACCAUACGACCACAAACAACUGCCCGAGGAAGUAAUCACGCCUAACAAUGACCAAGGAAACGAUCAGAAGUCCAAAUCUGGAAAACUAGGAGCUGGAGCUAUUGCAGGAAUAAUUAUUGGCAUCCUCAUUAUUGCUGCCGUAUGCAUCGGGGCAUUUUUAAUCAUCAAGAAACAUCAAUUGAAAGUAGAAAAAGAUUCUGAAGACCAAGUUCAAUUUAUGAAUAUGGUUUAA